AUGCUGUUGCUUUUUAGUAUCGUGACGAUUUUGUGGACAGUUUUACUAACAACAGCAAUUGCUUUGCCUGUGGACGAAUUUAAAAAGUUCACUCACGAAGAAGGUUCUGUUUUUGACGACGAAAAGUUUUUGAUGAAAAUAGUUCCGGGGAUUAGUCAUUCGUCUCAUAAAUUUAACAAAAAUGAUGAAAUUCGAUUGUCUGAUAUAGUUGACGAGGAAAAUGAAUAUUACAAAGAAUUUAUUUCAUAUAUAGAGAAUGGAUUUACUUUAAAAGGAUUAACUUUUUGCAUUUAUGACGACAAUUUGAGAAAUGCCGCUAUAGCUCUUUUUCGUCUAUUGCAAAGCAUAGAUGAUAUUGACCAGCUGCAUAAAAUUUUAGGAUGGGCUACAGAAAAUAUAAACAAAGACUUGUUAAUAUCUUCAACUUUAAAGGAUUGGAGUGAAGAGCAAGCUAGAAUCAAAUCUAUUGACAUUGCAAUAAGAGAGUGCAUUUCCAGAAGAGUCAUUUUCAUGGAUAAUGGUACUAAGAUAUCUAUGACAGAAGACAAUUACAUUGACCUAUUGGCAAAAAUAUUACGAGCAAAUUUAGAUGGAAUUAAGUCAGCAAAGUUCAUAAGAUCAUUCUUUGGUUACGGUGGUAAUAACUAUCCAACAAACUCGUAUAAUCCAGCACCAUCACUACUGCACCAUCCCGAAACCUCUCUACGUGACCCUAUUUAUUGC